ACCCAAACAAUAUAAUAAAAUAAAAUAAAGAAACUGCUUCUGAGCCUUAAGAUUUGUCUGGCACUCCUUGUCUCUUCUGCAUGUGAGGCAAUGAUGGGGCUGUAGCAAGCAGGAGUGCAGGGGCGCGGGAUUGGGGUGAGGCGCGAUGUGUAGGGGCAUCAUUGCUGGCAGUGGGGCGCAGAGUGCAGGGCUGGUGCAGCAGGCGAGUGCAGGCGCGCAGAGGAGGGGCUGGCUUGGUGCAGAGGGGGGUGAUGAGUGCUGCUCCGGUGCAGAGGAUCUGGGCUGAGGCGAGGGGAUCUGGUGCAGAGGAAGGCUGGCGCGGUGCAGAGCUGGAGAUUGAUGCAGAUUCGGUGCAGGGCAGGUGCAGGAAGCAAGGUCGGUGCAGAGCAGAGGCGCAGGUUCGCGGCAGAGUGCAGGCUCGGUGUAGGCAAGCAAGGGUGUAGGCAGGAGGGUCGGUGCAGGCGAGGGCGCAGAGCAAGAUCGGUGCAGGCGAGGGCGCAGAGCAAGACCGGUGCAGAGCAGGGGCGUGGAGCAGGGCAAGGUUCGGGUGUGUGGGGGUGGGGAAGAAGUUUCCAGAUCCAAUUUUUUAUUUCCCCCUUUUGUUUUUUUUGGGUUUUGGGUUUUGGGUAAUUGGAUUUGAGUAUUUGGGUUUUGAUGAUUUAAUGGGCUCAAUUGAAAUGGGUUGGUGUUAAGUUUGCAACUUUGAUGAAUUUCACAUUUAAACUUUUGAGUUCUUCAAUUGAGUCCUUUUUUGAGUUUCUUUUCCCAUUUCUACUUGAAUUUCUUUUUGUACAUAGCACCAAUGUUUUCAAAACCGGACCGGUCAUUGAACCGUUUUCAGGUCCGGUUCCCGGUUUGACCGGUUCAACUGAUUGAACCGGUGAACCGACCGGUCCAAACAAUAAGGAAGGUUUGAUGAG